AUGCCUGACACUGCAAAAAGUGUCCUCUGGUUACCAUAUCUCAAGAGACUUCAGGUGUGUGGAAUAUGUGAACUCUGCUCUUUGAUCGAUGCUUCACCUAAUCUCAACUAUUUAUGUGUUGACUACGAUUGUCUUAUACAUCUACUCGAUGACAAACAUAUUUGUGAUCUUUUUGAACAACAAAUUAUUCGUCUGGACAUCUGUGACUGGACUGGUAUUGAAUCGGAUCCAUUAAAGCAAAUCGCUCAAGUGUUUAGACGACUUAAUCAUCUCGUCCUUGUUCUUAAAGAUUCGACCAUGCUCAUUGAUUCUAUUCCACUAACACUACUAACAUUUUGGAAUAGUGAAGAACUUCCUUCGUUAAGUGUCGACGGUUCACCAUCAGACGAAGCAAAGAAAAAUCUCCGACAAUGGUUGAUUGAUAAUACUCGUGCAUUGGCAGAGGACUCGUUCGGAGUUGAAUAUAAGGACGGCUGGUUCUCUUUAUGGCUUUAG